CUACCUAUCCAUAUCCUGCCCAGGGUCCUUCUCUGCAACACCCUUCCAAGAUGGCAGCCAACAGUAGCAGCACGGGUAGCAAAUCCAGCAUCAGCGCCGGAGGAAAACCGUCCGGCCCGUCCGCCGAACAGGUGGUGGCAACAUUUCAGAAGAUGCGUCAGGAGCAGCGCAGUAUGGCUUCUAAAUCAGCCGAGAUGGAGAUGCAGAUCAACGAGCACAGCUUAGUAAUCGACACCCUGCGGGAGGUGGACCCAUCUAGGAAAUGCUUCCGUCUGGUGGGAGGGGUGUUGGUGGAGAGGACGGUAAAAGAAGUUCUACCCGCCUUGGAAAGCAACAAAGAACAGAUCACCAAAAUUGUCGAGUCCAUCAACACACAGAUGCAGUCGAAAGGUCGCGAGCUCACGGAGUACCGGGAACGCUACAACAUCCGGCUGGUGGGCGAGGGCGAAUCAGAGGGACAAGGCCAGACGGCUGCGUCUUCGCAGGACAGCGAAGGAAGCGGGUCGAAAAGUGGAGCCGGUGUUUUAGUGUCGUAGUUUGUAGUACUGGAGAGCGACGGUUGGGCCUUUUUGAUUUCUGCAGUACUGAUGUUAUAGUUGGGGUCGUUAAAUCUAGGUUGACAUACGUUACUUUUUACAGGGGGGAACUUUGGAGAGCAGUUAAAUUUCUGCAAAAACACGCAGCCCUUGUUAUGGAAACACUUAAAACACAAAGUCAAACAGUAGUACUCUGCUUAUGUUGAAAACUAGUGCGGCGUAUGUGAAAAGUAGUGCAUGUGAAAUGUAAGGUUUGUCUUGCAUUUGCCUUUCAGUGAGCUAUUUUUUAUUUCUGAAAUACUGUGGCACAUUAAAAUAAUUGAAAUCAAACACUUGUUUAAGUCUUAAUCUAAUUUAGACAUGCAUAGUAAAUCAAAUGUACAGUCAUGAAAGUGUUUACCCCAUGUGAGAUAACAAUACAGAGCCCCUACUUGAAAAAAAAAUGCAUACAAUUACAUUAAAGAGGAAAAGAAAACACACUUUUGCAUUUUGUAGACUUCUGAUUUCUUUGACUAACAACUUAAAAAUUCUUGAUUUCACUAGGCCCAAAAGGAAGCUUUGCAAAACGCCCCCUAUGAGACGGUUCAGGUCCUGGAUGACAUUUUAAAAACAUGCUACGACCCUGAAACAUAAGAUACGGUCAAACCAGACCACUAUGGAUCAAUAAGAAUGUGUUCUCUCCUAAACUGUCUCCACAUGUUAGCUGGGUUGUGAUUGUAGCACUGAUGUGAGCUCAGUUUGUGUUCAGUUCUUUAAGUGCAUGCUGUGACAUUAUAAGAAGUCGGUCUUACCGUAUCACACAUUUAUAAUAAAUUCUUGUCAUUGAA